CUUUGGUCAAUUAGAGAGAUGCAGCUAAAAGAGUCUGAAACAGCUGGCAGAUUUAAUGGAGAGCUGCAUUUUUGUUUUGCCCACCAGGUGUUUGUGAAAAUGCCUUAGAGAAGCUGCUAGACUUUAGCCUUUGUGAACCAUAUGUUUAUGUUUAUCAUUCUCUCAGACUCUCAGUGUUACUGCUGCUGCUGGAAUAACGUCAUAAAAUGCACUCUGUGUCUGCUUCAAAUCAUUUUGCUUGAUAUUCUUUCCUCGUGAUUUCAGGUUCAUGCCAUAUUGAAGCAGUAUCCCACUUUAAGAGUGGUAGUUGGGAAUGCAGCCUUUGAAUCGCUGGAUAGGAUGAAAGAAGAGAGCAAGAAAGCACAAGUGAGGUCUAUGUAUUCAGGUCUGAUCCUACAGAAAAGAUGGUGUAGAGGGUCUGAAACCAAAUGCAAGAGGGCCUGGUCUUGUCACUUUUGGGGUGCUCUACUGGACUUGAAAGAAUGUAUAAUUCACGGAAUAGGAACUAUGGUGGCAAGGUAUGGAAUACUUCCCCAGAUGAGCAAAACCGCCUCAAAGCUCAAGUCUUUAACAACCCAUGUACUCCAUUUUCAAAAAGCAAGCUUCUUUACUGCAACAGUUGCAGAUCGUGAAGAAGAAUCACAAAACCCAAAGAGACCCAAGUAGAUGAUACAUUUUCAUGCAUCAUAUAUGUGCCAUGUUUUGGAACAAUAUAAAUACACACUUUUGAUGUCCCAAGUAGAUGGGCAUGUGCUAGAAUGCUUUUAUAGUUUAAAUGUUGGCUUGAAUGAUUGGGAAAUGCACCUCUUUUGCUUUUGAAGUUUAAAACAUUGGUUAGAUUACU